CGUUUUUAACCAGGUUUCUUACCCGGGUAAGGUUAAAUCCAGAGACCUGUUAUAGGUCUUUGGUUAAAUCAGGGGUAAAAAGUGGAGAGCGGAGUAAGGAGAGUAAGGAAAGUGUAGACCCGGUUAGACCGAGUAAUAAAAACGAACAAACCUACAUGUUCGUAUUCUGUGAAAAUAAACAUUUUACGAAAAAUUAAUUGAUAAUUUUGAAGUUUUGAUACCGUUUUGAAUUUUAUCGAUUGAUUGAAUUAACCUUUAAUAAAAUGCGAGUGAUUCAGUGAACACCGUUCAUCAAAUUUUUACAUUCAACCCGAAAGCUGUAAUGAAUACAUUAUGCAAGGUAGUAUAACAAGAACCGCACAAGUGAAGUAGAAUGAACCCUAAAUAUUGAGUACGAAAAAAAUCUACUAUGGAGUAUAUACCAGGAGAUCCGACACUAAUUAAAAAUAUAGUAACUCAGUUGAAAUCGCAAGGAAUUUUUGAUCAAAUCAGAAAAGAAUGUAUCGCUGAUGUUGAUACCAAACCCGCUUACCAAAAUCUCUGCCAUCGAGCCGAUACUCAAGUAUCGAAAUUUCUUUCCAAAGUGAAAUGGGGUCCAGAUCUGCAUAAAAAUCAGACUCGAGAAAAUAUACGUAGACAAGUGAACGGGUGCAGUUUCGUUGAACCUGGGAUCGCUAUUAUUGUCGAUCAACUAGUGAACCCUCGUAUCAAUACAGUAUUAGUACCGAAAGUUGAAAAUAUGUUGUAUAAAUAUUUGGGUAUACAUCAAGAAAUCGAUAAUACUCCUAGUCAAAGAGAAACUAAAUCGUCCAAUGAAAAAAGUUUCUUCAGAGAUGUACCUGAUAGCGGUGUUCCUGGGUUUUCUACAGUAGAUAUUUAUGACACGAAAAAAGACGCCGAAAAAUAUUGUACGAAUGGGUCUCGCAAAUACUCUAAAAUGGAUGAUCAAAGAAAUGACUCUUCCGCUGGUAAAAUGCAAUCAACUGAUGAUAAACGCAGUCGUGAUAAAUCAUCGAGUAUCAAAUUCGAACCAUUCGAUAAUAUUAAAGAUUCAGGUAAAUCGAUAAAAUCAGAACUCGAAAAACACAUUCCAAAAGUCGAAAUGAAAGAACCUCCAUUACCGGAAUUCGAUUCAGAAUCCAGCGACGAUGAAAUGUCACCUCCGUUCGAACCGAAUGAAAAAUCCGACAACGACAUGUCUAUCGGUAGCGCAGAUUCGAACUUCAGCGAAAUAAUUUUUGAGAAAGCAUCCAAUGAACCAGAGAUACCAGGAGUCGAAGACCACAUUGAUAUUAUCUGUAAAGCCGACGAAUCAAAAAUCAUUACCGAACACGAAGAUAGCGUGGAUUCAGUUCACAGUUCGCAUUCGACUCCUCCGGCGCCAGUAAAAGUUCACAUAUCACCUUUGGAGAUACCAAAAACACCGACUAUUAAUUACGAAACAUCGGACGAUAGCGACGAUUACGUUAAAAAUAAAAAACUUCUCGAUUCAAUUGCUUCAGAUGCUGCAGAACCUGCAGCUUUAGAGGUGCCAGAGGUGAAUUUUGAAAAAAUUGAGAAAGUUCUCGAAGAUGAUAUUAAAACCAAAUCCGUUGAAACGAUCGAAACAAAACCACUUAAAGAAGACGAUAAAUAUGUAGAUAAAAAUCGAUUAGAUGAUGCCAAAAAGAAAUCAAAGUACAAGGAUGAUAAACCGGCCGAAAGUAAAGAAAAACACACCGAAAAGAAAUCCGAACACAAGAGCGAUAAAGAUCGUAAAUAUGAUAAAUGUCGCGCCGAACAAAGAAGUAAAGAUCGUGAAAAGGAUAGACACAGGCAUGAUUCAUCGUCGUCAAAAAGCAGCCAUAGCAGAAAGGAUGAUAAAUCUCAUCAUUCGAGAGAUCAUUCGAAAUCCUCCGAACACGAUCGUAAGUCUAAAAGCGAACACAAGAAGGAUGAUAUCAAGAAAGAUGAUAAAAGUGAAUAUCGUAAAGAUUCCAGGGGCGAUCGUAAAAAAGAAGAUGAUAAGAAACAUUCUACAAAAGAUGAUAGAGACAAAGACCGUAAGAAGGAUCCUUACAAGGUUUCUUCGUCAGAUGAUAAAAAAUCUUCGAAAUCUGUUAAAACCGAAGACUCCAAACACAAAUACGAUAAACCGAGGGACGACAAAAAAAGCAGUAGCAAAAACGACGACAGUCUUAAAAGCAAAAAGAAAGACGAAAAUCUGAAAAAAUCUAGUUCCCAAUGCAACAUCGACGAAAAGAAAAAAACUGAUAGACGUUCUUCUGAUCGCGAUAGCAGCGGACCUUCUACUUCCCAUUCGUCUUCGAUUCAUCACACCUCAUCUCAGAAAUCGAGCAGAUCUGAUAAAGAUAAAGGAUCGAGUAAACACAGACACUCGUCUUCAUCUUCGUCUUCACAUAAAACGAAGAGAAACGACUCCGAACGCGAGAAAAAUCGCUCAGAAAAAUUACCCAAUCACGAAGACAAAACUCAAACCGCAGUGGACGAUCUGGAACUGAUUCUCGAAUCUAGUCCCGACAAGAGUUUUCAAAACAAUACUAAAUCCGUAGCCAAUUUCUCGGCUUGCAAAAUAUUCCCCGAAAAGGCUAACGGCCAAUCGAAUGAUCACGUUGAAGACAUGAUGAACGAGAUGUUCCAACCUACAAAACCCGUCCUGAAAAAACCAAAAAUAGCUAAAAACUUCGCCGAUAUUAGAAGAAUUAUGAAAUUACGCAAACUAUACGAAGAAGAUUUCAAAUCAAAGGGCUCCGAGCAGAGCACCAACGAAACUGCCACCGAUACUGAUAAAUCAACCGCGUAUAAAGUCAAGUUACGUCGAACGGUCGACUAUUUUGUGAUGAGAAGAUUUGGUAAAAAUGGCAAUUACGAAAAAUGCAAAGAACUCACCAAUGCUAUCAUUGAAACACUGACAGAUGUAAAAUUGAACAUAAGAAGAGUAGAUCGUCAGUAUUCGUUGAUUGACGGAAGCUGCACGGUAAAGGAUGAAGAAACUGAUCGCAUUUGUAGUAACAACAUCGGUCGUGCCGCAAACAACAACACCAAGCUAUGCGACAGCGUUGAAAUUAAUAAUAUUGCGAUCAUCGAAGACGAAAGAGCUAACUUGAUACUCGAAGAUCUCGCCAAUUCCUACACAGAUCCUAAUUUCAAACUGGGUAACGUUCCUGAGGAAUCUAAACCCAAUCGACUGCUUGCCAAGGCACCUUCGACGAAAGAAGACACCAUAAAAAUCGUCCAUUCUGAUAUUAAAGCCAACGGUGCCAAAACGCCACUACCUAAGCAACUGAGCCGGACCAAGAACGACGAUAAAUCCAAAGAAAUUGAUGACCGCGUAACUGAAAACAAAACCCCAACUGUGAUGGCAGAAGAAGAAGACACCGGGCUCAGUCUGAAACUUAAAAUCAAGUCGAUCUCCGAUGGUAAAAGUAAAACGUGGCAAGCCUGCGAUCAAUUAGAACAAAUUCAAGAUCCAGUUCGCUACUUACCUACUCCGAGUUACAACAGUAAUUUCAUGCAAUUUGCCAAUGAACUCUUGAAUGAAUCGUAUAAUUUCGAAGUGGAAAAUCUCUCUAUUGAAAUGGAUUAUCCGGAAGCUUAUGAUUUCAUGUUCGUCAACUUCUUAGGAGCAAAAGUUAUACGAAGGAAGUCAGAUGAUCCAAAAGCUAGUCCUUGUAAAUAUAAUUCGGAAAUAAUUAAUAAAAAAUUAGGCGAUAAAAGCAUCAUGUUGAGGAUUAAGAAAACCUCCGAAUCUGAUGGAUUUGCCGAUCAUAAAAUACUCAACAAAAAACGAAAACCCGCCGAUGAUUCGGGUAUUGAAAUGGAUAAUCCUGAAUCAUGUAAGAUAAAUCCCGAACCUGUUAAGAAGAAAAAGAAAACUUUGGGUAUUAAGAGAACGUUCGUCAAUCCGCUCAAAAUGAAAUUAACCUCAGGCCAAUUAAACGAUUUCGUUAGUAAUGGGUUGACUGAAAACACCGCCAACGUCGCCGCAGCAAAAACUAAAGCCUCGCCAGUUCGUAAAAAAGUUUCUAAGGUUAAGAAAGCCGGAGAGAUGAUCACUGCAAACGCUAGCCAUAAAAAGAGUGAAUCUGAGAGCUCGGAUGGCAGACGUAGUUCGGUAUCUUCAAUGGGAACGAGUAGUACGCAUUCGAAAGGUACCAAUGAAUCAGCAACACCAGUAUCAUCAGCAGCAGCAACGAAAGCUGUAGCAGCAGCGCAACCCAAGAAUAAAACAAAAAAUAUUACAUUGAAUAACGAUACAAACACAGAUACGUUGGAAACAAGCACCAGCGAAGGCGCUGCUACUACGAAAACGGCAGAUCCACCAGUGAAAAAAGCAACCGAUACGAAGACCGCUGAAGAGAGACGUAAACAAAGUAUAAUGAAUUGUUAUUACGACGAAAGUGACCUGUAUAAGCCUAGACCAUCGCUCAGACUUACUUCGAGAAGACACCGUUUGAGCAAUGCAGAGAAUAUUUGACUGUUUGAUAUCAAAAAUUUGUUCAAUUUUUACAAUUUUGAAUUUCAAGUGCAAACGAAUGUGCCUUUAUUUCUUCUCCAUUGUUUUUCUUAUUGUUUUAUUUAGUGUAGUGUAUCUACCUAUAGGUUACUCAAGUUUUAAAAUUUUGAUUAUUUUGUGCGAUGUUUACGUAUUUUUUACUGUAAAUGUAUUGUUUUUUUUUAGUAUUCCGUUCCGAUUAUGUUAUUUUAUUUUACCGGAAUGUACAUCAUUUCGCGAAAUAUUUUAUUUAUAGUUGUUUUUUUUUACCAAAUUUUAUAUUCAGUUAUUAAGUUUUGAGAUAAUUUGUUUUAAUUUUUUCUCCUCUUUUAGUCUUCUUUACUUAUUCGUUAAGUAAUUUGAAUAAAGUUGGCAUUUUCAGCGUC